GCAAAUUGAGAACCGAAAGAGCUUAUCAGCCAAAUUUCUCCUUGUAAUUUCUUGCAUUGGCAGCAACAUUGCGCAACCAACGGCCAAUCUCAUUGUUUGUGACAUUGAAACGAAAUAUGCCUAAUUCAUCAAUCUUCAUAGACCUAUGAUCAUAAUCAUAAUGAAUACAACAUUAUUGUAAAUAAACAAAUAAUUCUUCUUGUAUAUAUAUAAGGGAAAUACACACAUAUUCAAAAAUAGUUUUGACGUUCUUGUUAGGGAUUCAGAGUCCCAAUUAUCCUUCUUGUUACAAAUUAUGCUUCUUUUUUUGAUUUUGUACAUGGGAAAUUGCUCAGCAAAUUUGCAAUUCUCCUGUUUCUGAUCAUGCAUGCGGCCUCAGAAAAAUAGGUUGUGCAGUGUGUGGAGGGAUUGUUCUUAUGAAUUAGCUAAAGGAGAAGUUGUCUGCUUCAUUCUGCUUUUACCUGACACUUUGUGUCCUGGACAGCAUUUUGAUUUCGCCUAAAAACUCGUGCAUUUUCUAUAAUCGGAUAUGGUUCUGACUGACUCAGGGAAAGCUUCAAGAUUUUGUUGUUUAACUUGGGAGUGGAUUGCAAUUGGUGUCUGUAUACUAUUAGUGAAUUGGUUGCCAAGUUUGGAUGUAUAGAAGGAUGCAAUUUACAGCAUAUUAGGUAUCCUAGUUUUAUGAAAUAAUUUCCUUGAUGUUUGCAAAUAUUUAAAUUGUAUAAGAAACAUUGUAAAUCUAGCUAGCUUUGGUGGUGGUGAGAUGUUAAAACUUUUAUCCUCCACCUCCAAGUUAUAGAAUUUGAAAUUCCACUAUCUGUGACAAAAUCCCCUCCAACAAAUGCAACAUCUUCUCUGGCCUUUUCCAGCAAAUGUAACAUAGUUCGUCCUAGCCACACCACCAGUAUCACUACCUCCAAUGGAUUCUUCACCACCUCAUAAAGAAUCUGCUCCUCCAACCAAUGUCUCACAUCCAACCUCUAGUCCUCCACCUACACCUUCUAGCACACCUGAUGUCUCACAACCACCUCCAUCUUCUAGUCCACCUCCUAGUACACCGCCACCUUCACCGUCUAGUCUACCUCCUAGUUCACCUCCACCUGCAUCUUCUAGUCCGCCACUGGCCUUAUCUCCACCUGCAGCUUCUAGUCCUCCACCGGCCUCACCUCCAGCUGUACCAACUCCUUCUCCUCCUACCAGUUCAGCUCCACCACCAUCAUCACCUCCUCCUGCAUUGUCACCUCCGCCAACAAUACAGAAUCCAGAAUCUCCUCCAGUGCAACAAUCACCUGCAAAUUCAUCUCCCCCACAAUCUCCUAAACCUCAAAAAGGGUCAUCAUCUUCACCACCUUCACCACCUUCUUCCAACUCACCUGCAGAUGGAGGUUCACCUCCAUCCCCCGCAUCUAAUCCAUCAGAAAAUUCGCCUCCUUCCCCAGCCUCAGUCCCUCCUAAAGAUUUGCCACCUUUACCAGCUGCAUCAUCUCCCAGUAACUCACCAUCUUCUGAUUUCCCUUCGAACUCAUCAACACCAGCACCUGUAAUACAAUGGUCACCACCACCUCCAUCAUUUAAUGGUGCAAAACCUUCUCUUACUCCUCCUUCAUCUCCAGUUCCUGACGCUGAUGCUAGUAAAUAUAGUUCUGGAAACCAUUCAGCAGAAAAUCCAAAGUCGUCUGGUGGCAACAGCAAUGUUACUGCAGGGACAGUUUCCAUUGGCAUUGUAAUUGUUCUUCUAUGGGUUGGUAUCAUUGGAGCAGCUGGAUGGCUCAUAUGGAAGAAAAAGAAGAAGAAUUCUGGCCAAGGUAGUGGUAAUGUCAAGCUGAUCUCUGCAGGCUCCUCUCCAAAAUCAGAGGCUGCUUUAUUGAAGGUCGCAGAAUCAACAUCUGAUAGAAACGGAACUAGCUCCAAUUUCCUCAAUUCUCCAGGUGACCCUGGCGGAUUCAACAGUGCAAAGACAUGGUUUUCUUAUCAAGAACUAGUUGAGGCCACUAAUGAUUUUUCAGCGAAAAACGAAUUAGGGAAGGGUGGAUUUGGUUGUGUAUACAAAGGCUAUUUAGCGGAUGGAAGAUAUGUUGCGGUAAAGCAGCUAAAUAUUGGUGGGAGCCAGGGGGAGCGGGAAUUCAGAGCUGAAGUUGAAAUCAUUAGCCGGAUACACCACCGUCAUUUGGUUUCACUUGUAGGUUAUUGCAUUUCAGAGAACAAGCGGCUCCUCGUUUAUGACUAUGUCUCCAAUAAUACCCUCUACUUUCAUCUUCACGCACAAGGGAGGCCUGUCAUGAGUUGGGCAACACGUAUUAAAAUUGCUGUUGGUGCAGCUCGUGGAAUAGCUUAUCUACAUGAAGAUUGCAAUCCUCGUAUUAUUCACAGAGACAUUAAGUCAUCGAACAUUCUUUUGGAUGAUAACUUUGAGGCCCGUGUUUCUGACUUUGGACUAGCUAAAUUAGCUCAGGAUGCAGAAAGCCAUAUCAUAACACGUGUCGUGGGGACAUUUGGAUACAUGGCUCCUGAAUAUGCAUCGACCGGCAAGCUGACUGAAAAAUCUGAUGUAUAUUCCUUUGGUGUGGUGCUUCUGGAGCUAAUUACUGGAAGGAAGCCAGUGGAUACAUCCCAGCCUCCAGGGCAAGAGAAUCUAGUUGAGUGGGCCCGUCCUUUGCUUGGUCGAGCACUUCAAAAGGAGGACUAUGAUCUCUUGGCAGAUCCAUGCCUUGAGAAGAACUACGAUGGCAGCGAGAUUUUCCGAAUGAUCGAGGCUGCUGCAUCUUGCGUGCGCCACUCAUCCGCGAAGAGACCAACAAUGGGACAGAUCAUGAGAGCUUUUGAUGGUAUGGCUAUGCAUGAUCUGUCAAACGGAAUGAAAGUUGGUGAAAGUGAAAUACACAGCGCGGCACUGCAAUCUUCAGAAAUAAGUUGGUUUAGGAAGAUGGCAUUCGGUAAUCAAGAUUUUAGUUCGGAUUUUUUCAGUCAAGGUAAUGAGAAUGGUAGAGAGUCGGGUGAACAUGCUUAGAGGAUUUAGAGCAAAGUGACUUAUUGAAGCUAUGUAUGCAUCUGUUGAUAUAUCAAAGGUACCUUAGCUUAGAGAUGUCUUGGUUUAGCUUUCUUAAGUUCGUUCCUAUUUGGCUUGGCAUACAUGAGUUUUGCUAUUUUUAUUAGCAAUGGAGUAAUUUUACUUUUAGAGUGAAUUCAGUUGUCAUCUAUAAUUAUUGUUCUUUGGGAA